AUGGUUGUGACAUUGGCAGGCUCCAAUUUAGGUGGAUCAAGUACCAGACCAUCAAAUCCUCAUAAAUAUGCUCAUCUUUGUGGUAAAAAAAUUGAUAUAAUGGAAUCUUUUAAAGGUGUCACAACAAUAUUGAUAUUUGUUGAUAUAAUUUUUCUUAUUGGAAUGUUCUUUUUUUCAAUUCCUUUUCUUGUAUUUCGUGGUGCUUCCACAUUGAUAGGAUACUGGUUUCUUUAUAUGGUAGCUUUUAAGGAUAGUAAUCCAAAAAUAAUGAUUUUUUUUAUUUUUAAUCAAUUUAUUGAUAGUAUUUAUGCAAUUUUUGUGUUUAUUUUAAUACUUUUUGUUGAAGUUAAUUUUAAUGGUUAUUCAGAGGCAAAUGGAAUUUUUGUAUCUAUAGAAAUAUUUAUUAUAAUUUCAAAUUUUAUAACUGUUUGUUUCAAGACAUGUUUUAUGGGAUAUUAUACAAGAUUUUAUAAAUUUAUUUUAUGGAAUCAAGAAAAUAUUAAUAAUAUUAUUGCAACUUAUACUAAUUCAACUACAUUUGGAAAUAAUAUUUAUCCUAAUCCACCACCUAAUAUUUUAGUUAUUCCAGGUAGUGAUGGAAUUUUACAUGGUCCACAAAAUAUGCCACCAUUACCAAAAUAUAAUGAUGUCAUUACAGAACCAUUAUCACAAAAAGUUGUACCUUUAGAUGUUGUUGAAAAUAUUACAACUACAAGAUCAGAAGAAGUACAGACUGAAACAUUACCAACAACUACUACAAAUGAGUCUUUUUCAAAUUUAUUAAUAGAUCCUACUGAUUUAAUAUCUACUCCUGAUUUUAGACAAAUACCAUUAAAUGAUUCUUCUAUUUUUGAUACAAUAAUUCAGGUACCUAAAAAUAAAGAAGAAAAUAAUGAUAUAAUACAAAAUCAAUCAAUUAAUGAAAAUGGACCUCCUCCAUCAUAUCAUAUUUCAAAUACUGAAUUUAAACCAAAUGAUAAAAAAGAAAACGACAGUGACAAGUUUGAUAAUCCAUUUCAAUAA